AGCGAGAACACACAAACACACUCGAGCUGGAGAGAGUCAGAGCUCUGUUUAACAAAGUGUCACACAGCCGAAUUAGGACAGAGGAACUGAGGCGAGGAUGCAAUGCCACUGAAGAGAGACACACAGAUAGGGCCAUUGUGAGCUGAGGGAAGAGCUUGAGAGAAUGAGAAAAAGUUAUGAAGAACAACAACAGCGACUGGAGGAGAAAAUUGUGGCUAUGGGAAAGGAGCAGCAGGAGAAUAAGAAAGCAAUCCGAAACACACAACAGGAUCUUGCACAGCAAUCAGCUUCACUGCUUGUCUCUCAACACCAGUUAAAGGAGGUGGAGGCUGAGAACUCAAAACUCCAGAAUCAACUAAAAGAACUGAAUCAGGAGUACAGGGCACGUCUGACACACUACAUACACGACAUCAAGGAGUGUGUGCGCAGAGACGGAGAGGACAGCAUGCAGCUGAAGGAGUAUGUGGACUCCAUGCUGAAAGAAGUUAGAUUGUCGUAUCGUUCCAGAGAGGAGCAGCUGACCAGCACUCUGAGAACCUACCGCAAACGCCUCCACAACCUUAACAACACACACCAACUACUGCUUACUGCUUACAGAGUGCAGCGUGAGCAGAUCCUGGCACACCCUGAGCAUGCUCUCGAGGCUGGGCCACCUGAAGCUCACUUUAACCCUGCAGAGGUGGAGCUUAGAGGAGAGACUGAGAGAGAACUACAGAAGCUGAGAGAGGACAAAUCUCGCCUGGAGACACAACUCAAAAUUGCUCAAGAACAGGUCUCUCUGAUGUCACAGUCGUCUCAGAAUGUAGCGCUCACUGAGGAAGCCUGGGCCGAUAUCAGGAAGCAACUUCGAGAGACCGCAGUCACUGCACAGGAGAUGCAUGAGAGAGAGCGCCUCCAGCUCAUCACCAGAGCAACAGUUGCAGAGGAGCAAGUGAGAGAGUUACAGGAGUAUGUGGAUAAUCACCUGGGCAGGUACAAAUUGGAAAUCACUCGGUUGAGGAGGAUGCUUCAGUCAGAUGCAGGGCGAUCACAGAGUGCUGAAGCAUCAAAGCCCCGCCCUUUACGCCAGUCACUAAAUAAUACCAGCUAUGAAGUAUAAACACAAUAGAAAACUCUAGAAGUGUUGGGGAAUCUUUAUUCCCCAACAAAAUUAGUGUGAAAAGGGUUUUUUGUUUGUUUUUUAUAUCACCCAAUCUGUUUAUGUAACAUUGCUAUCCACUUUUCACUUUUUGGUAUAAGUCAGGGCACUGAUAACCCCACCUGGACCAGCCCAGGACAUUCCUGACCCCAAACUGUGCAACAAAUUUUAAUUAAACCAUCCAAAAUGCUCGGGCCUUUGACCAAGAGGAAGACAAAGAGGAAGAAUGACUCCAGUAGCCCCUUUGGGGGGGUAGAGAGGCUCUGUCAGGUCACGGCCACUGACACGGACUGCAUGGAACACUGUUGGAUUUUCGUCCUUGACUUCCAACACACACUUUGACGGUUACCCUUGUACUGAUUAGUCCCACCUGUUUCUGACGACACAGUCAAUCACAGCCACAGUUUAGAAGACUAUGAUUUAUUUAACAUGCUGGAAAGUAAAUGUCCUCAAUAGCUUUAGUUUUUAGGUCAUUGUUUCCCAUUUUCUGCUUUGAUCUUGAGCAGUUUCUGUACUGUGUUUCAGACUGUAGCCUGCUCUACUUUAUACACUUUGUUAGUCAUCUGACUUAUUGCCCGUCUACUGAUUUUGAGGUUUAAUUAAACCUGUUAAAACCUG